UCCCCUCAUAUCACGGAAGUAGCAAGCCCUUGUCCCACACAACUUUUCAUCCUCAGUGAGGACGAUACUCUCUGCUGUCACCAGCAAGACUGGAAACAGAGAACUUGAUCAAAGUCUGCAUUCCUGUGUUGUUGUUUUUCUUUUAGAACAAAGAGUUUGAGAUGCGAAUUUUUUUUAAGGCAAGCACUAUCUUGUCUAUUUGCUUUGAGAAAUAAGUUGUCAGAGUAUCUGCUCUGUGCCAAUAAGACAGAACACAGUUGAGAUCUACCGACUUCAGCCUUCUACCUAGUGGCCUAGAAAUUCCAGUGUCCUCAUUGGCAGAGGCCAUUUACUUCUGUUUGAAAGCUGUCUAAAAAUCCUACUCCUCACCCCAAAGGAAGCUACAGGGUACCAUGGCCAGGCGAGUCGCAGUGAUUGGGGCGGGUGUGAGCGGCCUGUCCUCCAUCAAGUGCUGCUUGGAUGAGGAUCUGGAGCCCACCUGCUUUGAGAGAAGUAAUGACAUCGGGGGACUAUGGAAGUUUACUGAAACUUCUAAAGAUGGGAUGACCAGGGUCUACAGGUCAUUAGUGACAAACGUCUGCAAAGAGAUGUCAUGUUACAGCGACUUCCCCUUCCAAGAAGAUUAUCCAAAUUACAUGAACCAAGGAAAAUUUUGGGACUAUCUCCAAGAAUUUGCUGAGCACUUUGACCUUCUGAAAUACAUUCGGUUUAGGACCACAGUAUGCAGUGUCACGAAGCGUCCAGACUUCUCUGAAACUGGUCAGUGGGAUGUUGUCACAGAGACAGAGGGAAAGCGGGACCGAGGUGUCUUUGAUGCUGUCAUGGUUUGCACUGGACAUUUCCUGAAUCCUCACUUGCCUCUGGAGUCCUUUCCUGGUAUUCAUAAAUUUAAAGGCCAGAUCCUGCACAGUCAGGAAUAUAAGAGCCCAGAAGGCUUUCAAGGCAAACGCGUGUUAGUGAUCGGUCUUGGGAACACUGGAGGGGACGUGGCAGUGGAACUCAGUCGAACGGCAGCUCAGGUACUUCUCAGUACUAGAACUGGUGCCUGGGUUAUCCACCGCUGUUCAAAUGGGGGUUACCCCUAUAAUAUGGUGAUUACAAGAAGAUACCUUAAUUUUAUGGCGCAAGUUCUGCCCUCGUGUGUACUAAACUGGAUUCAAGAGAGGCAAAUGAAUAAAAGAUUUAACCAUGAGAAUUAUGGACUAAGUAUAACAAAGGGGAGAAAACCAAAAUUCAUUGUGAAUGAUGAGCUGCCAAUCUGUAUCCUCUGUGGGACGGUCACUAUGAAAACCAGCGUGAAGGAGUUCACGGAAACCUCUGCUGUCUUUGAGGACGGAACAGUGGAGGAAAACCUCGACGUUGUGAUCUUUACGACAGGAUACACAUUUUCUUUUCCCUUCCUUGAAGAGCCUUUCAAAAGCCUUUGUACAAAGAAGAUAUUCCUGUAUAAGCAGGUCUUUCCUUCAAACCUGGAGAGGGCAACGUUAGCUAUCAUUGGCCUCAUCAGCCUUAAAGGAUCCAUCUUAUCAGGCACAGAGCUCCAGGCACGUUGGGCCACAAGAGUAUUCAAAGGACUCUGUAAGAUACCUCCGUCUCCAAAAUUGAUGGCUGAGGCUACGAAAAAGGAGCAGCUCAUAGAAAGGGGUGUGAUGAAAGACAUCAGUAAAGAUAAACUUGAGUACAUCACCUACAUGGAUGACAUUGCCGCAUGCAUAGGGACAAAGCCCAGUGUCCCAUUUCUGUUCCUCAAGGAUCCCAGACUCGCUUGGGAAGUUUUCUUUGGACCGUGUACUCCUUACCAGUACCGCCUAAAGGGACCUGGGAAAUGGGAUGGAGCCAGAAAUGCCAUCCUGACCCAAUGGGACAGGACACUGAAACCCUUAAAAACUCGAAUCGUCCCUGAUUCCACAAAGCCUGCCUCCAUGUCACAUUAUUUAAAAGUUUGGGGGGUACCUAUCCUACUUGCCUCUCUUCUGCUGAUCUGUAAAUCUUCACUUUUUCUGAAGUUGGUGCAAGAAUUUCCUCUUACCAGUAAGUAUUUGGUGAGGAUGAAUAUGAUUGGUUACAAGGGUUGUCCCGAGCCAUAUUAAUUCUAUCUCCAAAUAUUUGUGCAUCCCUUCUCUCCUCUCCAUCAUAACCGCUAUCUUUCAAGUUCAAGUCAUCUCUUACCUGAAUUAUUAUACUUACUGCCUUCCUCUCUAGUCUCAGUGGCUCCUUUCUUGCCUCCGUUUCCAAUCCAUACUCUACUCUGCUACCUAAGCAAUUAUGUAAAAUAAAAAUAUUGCCAUUGUUUCCAUAAAAAUGCUGAUUGGAAUAAGAUGACACUCAAAUUAGUUAAUUUGGUGGAAAUUUUAAUAUAGAGAUUACUACAAAAGGUUUGGGCAGACUGUAAGGAAAUCAUAGGGAUAAAUGAAAUACUCCCAGACUAGUAACAAUGAGAUAUUUUUACCAUUCUGAGGCCUAAUGAGGCAAGAGGAGAAAACAAUUAUAAAUGAGACAGAGAGACUUCUUUGUGGAGAGGGCUACACCUCAAGAGUUACGGCCUUCAGCUGACAGAUGAAGGCAGUCCAUGGUGACCCCAAAAGUGCAAAGCUUGGGAAUAAGUUCCCUAAGUUUAUUUUCUUCCCUCCCUCUGAUCCCCUGCCCAUGCUCCCCCAUGGCCUAACCCAGCCAAAACUCAAAGGACAAGGUUACCAACUAUUGUGGAUUGAAUUGUGCCCCUCAAAAAGUUAUAUGCAAGUCCUAACCCCUGGUACCUAUACCUUGUUUGAAAAUAGGAUCUUUGUGAAUGUAAUCAAUUUAAGAUGAGAUCAUACUGAAGUAGGGUGAGCUAAAUGCAAUAUGAUUGGUGUCCUUAUCAAUGAGGAUAAGACACACCAACAGAGACACGGGGGGAAAUGUUGUGUGAAGACGAGCAGAGGUCGGAGUGAUGCAUCCACAAGCUAAGGAUGGCCCAAACACUGGAAGCUAGGAGAGAAGCAUGAACAGACUCUCCCCCAGAACCUCCCGAGGAAAUCAAUCCUGCUAACACCUGGGUUCCAGACUUCCAGCCUCCAGAACGGUGAAUGAACAAGCCACCUGGUUUGUGGUAUUUUGUGGUGGCAAUCCUAGGACACUAACAUACCGACUGAUGCCAUCCACAGAAGUCGGCCUCCUAA